AUGCCUCGCAUCAUCCGCAACCCUGACGCCCCAUCCGGCCCGUGGACGAAGAUCAAUCCCUGUGCCGUCUGCCACAAAGCCCGCAAUGUCCGAGAGCGCCCCGGCAUCCUAUGCCGGCUCUUGCGCAUCCCUCGCCAAUCCGACCCCUCGCGGACCCCCUCCGUGUGCUACGCGUGCGGCGUCACUGGUAGCGAGACAAUCACCUUCAAAAACCCCAACUGGAACCCGGGACCCUAUGCUGACCGCCGUGUAGAAGAGCCCGUGGGGCCCAAUGAUGAGACCCGGGAAGACGACAUUUUUGGCCCACCGACGCCCUUGGGUCGGCCGACGAGGAAGCUGGCCAGGUUCAAGCCGAUGGAGGAACACCUAAGUGUUGAGACCCCCAGCGCCCAUGACAUUGCAUGGGCCAGGGCCAUCGAAAAAGCGCAGAAUCCCGAACGGAGUGCUUCGGGUAGGUUGAAAACGCUGUGGAGCAUGGCUGAUACCAUCCUGCCGUCUCGCGGGCCGCCGCUGCCCCUGGCUAGCGAGAAGCGCCGGAGACGAUAUCAAGAGCGGUGGCACGAAACCCAAGAUUUGAGACGGACGAAGAACGGGGCUAAGCCUCAAUUCAGACCCCGUGCAGGUUUUCCGUCGACUGUCCUCAAAUCCAUCCCAGAGGAGGACGAGCCGGAGGAGAUCCACGGACCAGAGGCCGUCGCCACAGCUGAAAGACGAACACGUAUCUAA